AAAAAAAAAAAAAAAAAAACAGGGCAAAAUGGAAAAUGAACCAAAGGAGAGAAAAAUAAGAGAGGAGAAGAAAAUAUUACAUCCACAUCAAAAUGAAAAUGAACCACCAUAUCACCACUUUUUACACACACCACACCACAAAACACCCACUCCUCCUCCCCCCCCAUCUCACACCAACAUCAAACCAAAAAAAAAAAAAAAAACGUAAAAAUGAAGAACAACCCAUCAUCAAUAUUAUCCCCUUCCCCCUCCUCCUCCUCCUCCUCUUCCAUCGUCGCCGCCGGACAACCGACGUGUUUCCCAACCACCACCCCGGCUGGCAACAAGAAGACCGCCACAUCAUCACCAUCAUCAUGUUGCAACAACGGCAGCAAGGCGGGGUUGAAGAGAGGUCCAUGGACGCCGGAGGAAGAUCAACUGUUAUCGGAGUACAUCAAGAGAGAAGGUGAAGGAAAAUGGAGGACUCUCCCUAAGAAAGCCGGACUCCUCCGCUGUGGGAAGAGCUGCCGCCUGAGGUGGAUGAACUACCUCCGUCCUUCUGUCAAGCGCGGCCACAUCGCCCCCGACGAGGAAGACCUCAUCCUCCGCCUCCACCGCCUCCUCGGCAACCGGUGGUCGUUGAUAGCGGGGAGAAUUCCAGGGCGAACUGAUAAUGAGAUAAAGAACUACUGGAACACACACCUGAGCAAGAAGUUGAUUAGCCAAGGGAUUGAUCCCAGAACUCACAAGCCCCUCUUGUCAUCAUCACCAUCAUUAUUAAUGGAACCUCCUUAUAACCAAGAUCAUCAUCAUCAUUCAGUAGUAGUCUCUGAUAAUAAUAACAACAACAUUAUAAGUAACAAUAAUCAAGAUGGUGAUCAUGACAAGCCUUCAACAUCUAGCUCCCCCUCCAAAAGAAUUACUCAUAAUCCCAGCAGCACUUGUACUACUUUUGCACCUUUUCAUUCAUCGACAUUCAUGCAAGAAGAAGAUCAACAAGGCGGAUUAAUGUUUGGGGGAGGAGGAGAUGAUCACAUGAUGAUGAUGAUGACUGAUGAUCAUGCGGAUCAUCAUAUGUAUGGAAUGAUGAGCAUUGAUGAUGAUCACCACGAUGUUUUUUCAUCAUUCUUCAACUCUUUGAUGAGUACUGGUGAUGCUCACCGAGAUGUGUUGAUCAACUCCCAGAACCAGCAGCAGCAGCUACUACUUGAUCUUGAUGGCCAUGGUGAUGGUGAUGAUGUGGGUAAUUUGAUGUUUAGCUUUGGAUCUGCUGCUUGGGAUGCUCCGGCCAUCAUCCCUACUACUGCUACUAAUGAUUCCAAGGGGCAGCACUUCAGUCAUCAACAACAGAAAGAUACAUAACUAAAUGACUAAUUAAUCACAUAUAUAUAUAUAUAUACAAUAUACAUAUAUAUAUAUACAUAUCCAUGCUUUGAGAUCCUGCAUUUAAUGGCACCCUCUCAUACCUUUUUCAUCCCAUCUUAGAGAAAGAGUUUGAACAUCAUGGUGUAUAAUUGAACAAUAUAAUGUUUCUACCACGUGAUACAUCAAAAAAUUUAAAAUACAAAUAGGAAUUAAGAAAUAUGAUAUGGUUUAUAGUACUUUUUUUUUUUAAAAAAAAAAACAUUAAGGGGACACUACUUAACAAUUAGAACUAUUUGUAGUUAAAUUCCA